AUGAGGCGUGCGGUGGUGGCGAGCCUGUGCCUGGUAUUUAUAGCGGGCGCGCACGCCGCGAGGCAGCAGUCGCCGGCGCCCAAGGGCGACCCCCGCCCCAACGCCGAGGUGCCGGCCAUCCCCGAGGAGCUGGCCACCUUUGAUGUGUCCGCCCUGGCCCCCGCCACCCCCGUGCUGCCCGAAAUCAACAUCACCGACGCACUUCGCUUCAUCAGCCUCGUCCCCUUGGUGCGCCCCCGCGGCCUCGCGGCCCCGCCGCCGCUGCUCAACGGACCGCGGCAGGCCCUGGGUUCUGGCGCGCCGCGCCGCAUCAACGUGACCUGGGUCGAGCAGGUGCUGCCUUACAUCGUGAACAUCGACCCCCAGCUUGUGGGCAGGCUCGGCGCCGCCAUCAUCGAGCCCAUCCAGAAGAUCGACCCUGCUGUGCUGGGUUCGCUCAUCCCUUCGCUGCGCGGCCUGGACUGGAAGGGCAUCGCCGAGCUCAUCCCCCUGAUCGGCCAGCUCGACAUCAACGCCAUCGAGAAGCUCGUGCCCGCGAUCAACGCGUUUAAGCCCGAGGUCGUCGCGAAGCUCAUCGACAUCUCGACGCGCCUCACCCCGGAGACCUACAACGCGCUCACCAACAUCCUCAACCUGGGCAUCCCCGCCAUCAACUCGCUGACCGCCAAGCUCAACCUGCUGCCCGGCCUGACGCCGCUGCUGACUGCGCCCACCCCCAGGCCGUACGUCGCGUCCGCGUCUGACAGCUCAUCCGGGUUCCCCAACAUCUUCAAGGUUCUGGGUUAG